AUGUCUUACGCCGACGCUGCUGCCAAGGGCCCCAAGCAGGACCCCGAGGAUGUGAGUUUUCUAAUUCGCGCUCCUCCUGUCGGUGGCAUUUACAAGGAUGAGUCUGAGAGCACUGUGUCUCUGAUUGACGUCGACUCUCCCCACGUUCAAUCCGUUGAUGCAGACUUUCUCAACCAGGAGGUCAAGACUACCACUCAGGCUGAUCGUCUUGAGCGCGAGGCCGAAGAGAAGAAGGCCCAAGAGGCUCGCGAGGCAUCUGCAAAGAAAGCCAAGGCGAGCAAGGCCGCCAAGGCCAAGGCUCAGGGUCUGAGCGACAACUCGGACAACCCUGUGUACAUCACAAAUGCUGUCCUGGCCACCUUAGUCAGCGCUGGUCUGGGAUAUGGUGCCUAUCGCAAGCACCUGGAGGGCAAAUUGUCGUGGGAGGUCGUGGGCCUGUGGACUGGAGCUGUUGGUGCCGUUGGCGUGGUGGACUACUUUGUGAGCAAUCUUCAGCUGUACGUCGAGAUCUGGAUCAAUUUUCACAGUCGCCUGCGACCUCGUCACCCGCGCUCCAAGGUACGGUCUCUUCUUGAUGAUCCUCUCCUGAAAUGCCACGGCUCAUGGCUAACUCUUGCCCGUCUCCCCUCGUCAGGUCAAAUUGCUGCCUCGCUGUCUUCGCUUUCUCGCACUAUCGAUGACUACUCAGCGCUAUCUAAAAAGGAGUUGAUCCCAGAUAAGCAGGCAAAGGCUUUUGAGCGUGUCAAGACCUUUCGCACCGAACUUGCAGAUUAUCGCGCUCAAUUUGACCGCCUCCGCAAAGAGCGUGAGGAAGCACAAUCGGUCACCAACCGUAACGAAUUGCUCGGUCGUCGCCCUCAUCAUGCCGCUACCCCGGAAAAUCCCUACGCUCAGUCUUCACUCCCUUCGUCCUCUGCCUUUGCUCCUUCAUCCUCUGGCCUGAGCUUCGGCGCAGGACCUCAUACACAGAGUCGGGAAGCGCACGCUCUGCGCGAACAAUCCUUCUUCGCGCAAACAAAUACACAGCUAGACGACUUCCUCGAUCGGGGCCGUGCCGUGUUGGCAGAUCUGGGCCAGCAACGGGAAGUCUUAAAAGGCACGCAGCGCCGCCUAUAUAGCGUCGCCAAUACCUUGGGCGUCAGUGGAGACACCAUUCGGAUGGUGGAACGGCGCGCUCGGCAGGAUAAGUGGAUUUUCUGGGGCGGAGUCGUGAUUUUUAUCCUCUUUUGCUGGGCUGUCCUUCAUUUCUUAAGAUGA